AUGAAAAUGUCACUCCUUCAACUUGAGCGUUCUUAUUUGGAUGCUUUAUCAGAGUUUGGUGAACAAGCUCCUAAAACAAUUCAAGCAUGUGUGACUCUUAUAGAACUGCUCAAUUAAACUGGUCGUUAUUAAAUUCAACAGAAAUAAUAAGGAGAGAAAUAUUUUUAAAGAGCUAUAGAAUUAGCAUCUAGAUUAUAAAUGGAAGAAAUGCUUAAUUUAAAAUAUUCCACUUUUAUGUUAUAUGCAGAAUAUCUAGAAUUUCAACAUCAUAAUAAAUAAGCUUACAAUCUAUUAAUUUAAUUAAUCCCAUUAUCUAAAACUAAUUAAAGAAGCAUUAUUAUGACACAAAUCUAAAUCUUGAACCAUAUUAUUGAGAAUGGAAGACUUUGUAAAGUUGCAAAUAUUGUGAAUUUAAAUGAGAAAUUGUUGAAUCUAAUGGAAGAAAUUGGAUUGACAUUUUAUUUAUACAAACAGUUCUCAAAGAAGUUUUAAUAAAUUUUAUUAUAAGCACUCUCAUUGUAAGCUAAAAUAUAUCAUAAAUAAAAUAAGGAUAGGGAGGCUGCUUAGUUAUAUUUUUAAUCAUUUCAUCUUUCAGAAGAAUUACUUGGAAUUCAUGAAAGGAGAACUUAAGAAUAUAAAAAAUUGUAUGAAUAAUUAAGUGAUAAGUUAUCAGUUAAUAUAGAAAUUUAAAGUUAAGAUGAAGAUGAAGAUGAAAACCCUUAAUAAAUUUAAGUUACACCAAGAGAAGAAAUUCUUAAAUCUUAUCGCCCUAAAUAAACAUCUUUUAAUAAUUAUAUCAUCAAUGUAGAUUCUGCUCGGGCGCCUAAACCUUCAAAAAAAGUAGAUAAAUUUAAUAAAUUACCCAUUACUACCUCUAUUCAUAAACCUAAUCUUUCUAUUAAAGACACACCUUUAUAAUCUUUAUUUAUUAUUAAAAACCAAUCUAAAACACCUAUCAACUCUUAAACUACUACCAAGUUAACUAGUCCUAAUAGAGGUACCUCUUUUUUGUCAAAAAAAACAACUGAAAGAUUUCAUAAUAAAAUGUAUUCUUUGGAAUAAAGUGCCUUAAGGGAAUUAGAGGAUACAUAACAUCCAAAUUUAACUAAUGAAUUGCUCAAUACUAGACCAUAAUAUGAAAUCAAAUAAUUUAAAAGAAUUGAAUUCUAUAAAUAAAACACUUCAAAGCAAACUACAUCCACUUAUUAAAUUUAACUUACUAUUCCUACUAGACCUUAAAUCAGAGAACCGUCUAAAAAUAAUAUUACUACCAAAAUAGAUAUUAAAAAAAUAUCUAAUACUCCAAGCACCUAAAAAAUUGAAAGACCUUCAUAAAAAAAAAUUUUAGCUCCUGAAAUUUAACCAUCUACUUUAAAUAUUAAACCGAUUGGAAGUGCUAAAAAUUUAGCAAAUGAUAAUGAUGAAGAUAUAAUUAAGUAGGAAGAGAACAAAAAUUUAUCAUUUGAAAAUGAUGAACCAAUAAAAGUGCAUUCUCCUCAUGAUUCGAUUAUUGCUAAAUACUUAGAAACUCACUCUAUGGAAACAUUAUUAGAAGCUGUCUAAAAGAUUAAGGGAAAACUUAAAAAAUAUGUUCAACACUCUAAUAAAAGAAAAAAAGAAUUGUUAGAGCGAAAGCAUCAACAUUCUCCUAUUAGAGCUACAAUGAAUAAUAAAUAAUAGCAAAUUAGUAGAUCGAAUACUUUAAUAGAUAUUGUUGAAAAAAAACUACUUGAAAAUGAAGCUAGUAAAAUAAUUUAUAAGUUUUUUUCAUCAGCAAAUACAUUGGAAUGGUAUCCAGUUCAUUUUUAUGAUAAAUUAUUUACAGAUUUUGAGACAUCAAAAUGGAUUCUUGAGAAUCCUAAAAUAAGAGGAUAAUUCUUGAAUAAAUCUUCUAAAAAUGACAAUUGCCAUUAAAUAAACAUAGAACAAAUAUAAAAUAUUAUCUUCAAUUUAAAACGUUAAUUAGCCCUUUAAGUAAUUGGAUCAAUUGAAAUUUCGAAUCACACAAGAAGAGUUUAAUUUAGAUUUAUAAUAGACACACUUGUUGAAAAUUAUAAAGAUGUAUAAUCUUAUGAUGACAUGAUGGAUUUAUUUGAUUAAUUACUGAAUAUAUAUUUACAGCAAGAAGAUUUGUUCAGUGAAUGGUUAGAUAAUCGAAAAGAGUAAACUCUUUUUAGAGUAGGUCAUAGUAGAACUGGUAAUUCAGGUUAAAAAAAGCAAAGCCAUGAUCUAGAGUUUACAAAGGAAUAAAGAAUAGAAUUAUAAGAGAAUAUGUAAUAUUAUUAAUAUCUUUUAUCAAAAGUACUUUUUUUAAUCAAAAGAAUGAGUUACAUAAAAACAAUGAAUGGUUAUAAAUUUAAGUCAGUUCCUCAAAAUCAUUAAGUUUCAAUUUAAUAAUAUAACAAUUCAAUAUAUUAGAAAAAAAUAGAAAGAAUUAAAUAAUAUUUUCAAUUUCGAGAAUGUGAAAUUUAAAAUUUAGAGAAUAAACCAAUUUUCAGUAAAAAGAGACAUCGUAAAAGAAAUAAAGAUAAACAUCUAUUUAUAGCUUAAGAUAGAAAAUAAACAAUAAUAAGAGAAGCUACAUCUUCUGCAUAAGAUGAUGAAUCACAACUACCUUCAUAAAGAGAUAGUCCAUAUGUAUCUUUGAAAGAUACUGGUAUUAUAAUAGGAAAUGAGUUAUAAUCUCGAUAAAUUAUUUUGGGAGCAGAAACUCCUCUCAUUUAACCGUUAUUGAGACAAACAGUAGCAAAAUCUAAUUGGAAGAAUAUGGCUCAUCAGGAAGCCCCUCCUUAAUUAAUUGAUAUAUUUAAUUUAGAAACUUAAGAUUAUUUAUAAAGAUACUUUCCUGAAUUCAAACUAAAUGUACCUUCAGUUGAUUAUCAUCCUGCACCAGCACCAAGUAACAGAAAAUUAUUGACUGAAUCACAUUAUCAUUUUAGAUAAGAAAUAGCAAGCAAAAAAUAUCUCAAAUUGGAAUAUAAACCAAUUUAUUCAGAAGAUUAUUUAAUUUUAACUUAAAUUGUUAAAAUCGAUUAAUAAUUUUAUUAUCUUACUUUAUCUAACAAAUUACAUUUAAAAUAAGUUUUUGGAAGAGAUCUAUGGGAAGAUGAACUAGAUAUCUAAUUGAAAUAGUUAAUUAAUUAUUCUGUUGGAAGAACUGGAUAUAUUAUCGAUUUGAUAGAACUAUAGAAUAGAUUAUAGUAAAAGCUAUAAAUUGUUAAUUGUAAAAUUUAACUAAAAUAGGAUGAGGCUGAUAAUUCAUAUUAAAAAAAACUAAAUAAGAUUUUUAGAGUAAACAAAAGACUAUAUCAUACAAUUUAAUCAUUAGAGUUUAUUGAAGAAGGACUAAAAGAAUUAUCUUAAGAAAGUAAUAGUUAAUAAGAAGAUGGUGUUGAAUUAAUUGAAGAAUAAAAAAGAGAACCCCUUAUUGAUAUUAUGUUUUUACUUGGAGUUUUAAAUAAUAAUUCAUUUGUUGAAUAUCAAAAUUAUUUACCUAGUUGUUAUCUAUUAAAAAAUUUAAAUGGAAAGAUUAUGCUUUAAGAUCCUGAUUAACCUAGAAAACCAAAAUUUCCUUUUAGAUUAAUCUUAUCUCAUGAAGAUAUGAAUAAACAUAUAUCCAGAACGAAUGAAUAAACUAUUAAUGCCAAAGAUAUUACGUUGUUUCCCCAUUAUAACUCUGUAUUUCUAAUCAAACAGAAUUAAUUUAUUUACAAACCAAUUGGAGUUAAAUUACGUCUUCUAUCAGAUCUUAAAAAAAUGCAUUAAGACAUGAGAAAUGCCUUUUCAAAAGCACAUCUAUUAAUAUAUUAUAAUAAUCAUUAAAAAAUAUCACUUUAACUUAACUCUGAAUAGACAGAAAAAUGGGCUCAUUUAUUCUAAAUUGAUGGACAAAUGCGUUAACAUAUUUUAAAUUAUAAAACUAAAUUAAAAAAAACUCUUGUUGGAUUUUAAUUGUAUCAAAAUGAAAAUAGAUUUUCAUAAUCAAAAGAUUUAAGAUUUUUAUUAAUGCAAGAUAAAUCUACUUAAGCUAAAUAAUAUUUUCUUUAAACAAAAAUUAAAUCAAUUGGUUAUGUAUUUGUCUCUGCAAAAAUUCAUUCCUCACUUAUGUUAAUUAGAAUUAUGCCAGCUGGUAAUAAGAGUAAAUCUCAUCUUUUUUUAUAUUAAAUUAAUCGUGAAGAUCCAAUUACAUUAAUUUAUACCUUAUGCAAAUAGUUUAUUCUAAAAACAACUUAGACAUAUUCCAAAUUAGAAUUAAUGCCUAUCACAUAAAAUUUAAUACGUAAACAAUAUCUAUUAUCUAAUAAAUAUCAUGAUAACAAUGUGUUAAUUGGUCAAAAAUCUUAUUCAAGAGUAGUUUAUAAGUAAAUUAAAAAAAUAGAUAAAAGUUAUUUUAUAGUAACAAUUACUUUAAUUAAAAACUACUUUUAGAUUUACCUUUACAAUCAAAGUAAUUGCAGAAAAUUUUACUUUACACUUCACAGAUCUGAUUUUUUAAUUAUGAAUUAAUAUUUUUUAGAUUCUAUAUUUCCAGAAUAACCUUAUGAAGUGGUCGAAUAAUUCUUCAGACCUUGGAAGUUAAAUGAAAUUUAAAAAAUAUAUUCUCUAAUAAUCAAAGCGCCUGAAACAUUUAGAAAGAGAACGCAAAUGUAUAUUCAACAAAUUAAUAAUACGAAAAAGAAUUUUAAAAGAUCUGCAACAUCUAGUUUUUCUAGCCUUAGUGUUAUUUAAAGAUAAUCUACUUUACAACUUAAUAAUAUUACAGACGAAUCUAAUGAAGAUAACUUUAAUAAAACAUGCUGGUUGUUUGAUAAAUUGUUAUUACGUAAAUCCGAUAGUGUAUUUGAGAAAAAGUUAUGGAUGGAAAUAAUUAAUUAGAUGAAUAUUAGUUUGAACCUUGUUAUAUUAGAUACUUUUAAGACUGUUCUAUCUGAAUUAGUUUAUUUUAAUGAUAGAACUUGUAAUUUUUUAUGUUAUAUUCCAUGUCAUGAAAUUUUACAAUCUUUUAGAUGGCAGCCCAUAAGAUUAAAAAUUUAUUCAUAUGAAACUUGUAAAACUGUAGAUGUACCAAUAAGUAUAAGAGGAAAGUAAGUUCAUGUUUAUAAAUAAAGUAAUUCUUUAUAUUUAAAUUAUUAAAUUAAUCAAAAAAUCCCAAGUAAUUAGGAAAAUAUGAAAGUGAAUAAAAAUAAUGAUUCAGAGUUUAUUAAAUAUUAAUUACUUUAUAAAGGAGCAUUUAUGAAGCAUAAGAUGCUUUUAAUAGCUAUAUAUUUAUAUAACGAAGUUUUUCAAGUUCGGAUCUUUAGCAAAUCUAAUUCUUUAUCUAGAAAACUAAAUGUUAAUUAAGUUGAACUGAAAAUUCCAUAUAUUAGAUAAUUAUUAAUAUUAAAUCCACAAGAAGCUGGCAGAAGAUUAAGUAUUAUAUAUAGAAAUAACUUCAUUCAUGCUUCAUUUUUAAAGUUAUGA